AGUGAAGUGCGGCGGGCGGUAGGAGGAAGAGAAGAAAAGAGAGAGGGUAGCCGAAAAGAGAAGAAAGGGGAGGAGAAGGUCGCCAUUUCAAGCUUCAUCAACACAUUCAAAUCCCGAUUAACAUUAAUUUUAAGACUAUCAGACAUGUCAGGCCCCAGUACCCCGGUUCAUUCUGAUCAUUCAGAGUCGACAGUUGAGGGACUUCCACCCCGUCCAGGAGUUGUACCAGUAUCUUCACCCAGGGCACUUACACCCCCACCUGUAGCUGGACCUUCACGUCCACCUGGAUACCCUCGUAGUGGACAGACCCCUAUUGCAGCUGUACCGCUUAGGGCUAUACCCCCACCUGCACCUGAGAUGCCCCCACCUGCUCCUCUUGUACGACCUCCUAUCCGUGGACCUCCACCAGAGCAUGAGUCUUCUGGGUUUUCAGGUGUUGGACCCUCUUAUACGUGUUUCCCUCUUUCAGUACCCUAUCACUACUAUCAGGCACUUUUGAUGGAGAGAGAGGAGCUGUUGGGCCAGAUUAGAGAGUUGACACAGACGAUGAGGGAUUUAGAUCCUAACAGGGGAGAGAGACAGUUGAGAAAGGAUAUCUUUGUUUUCCGGAGGAUUGCAGCAGCGAGACUACAUGGAGCCACUUCGGAGUUUGGUACCCCUAGGGAUAUUGUAGUUUGGGCUAAUUGGGUCCUGGAGCAGCUGGAGAUUCUCGGAGGACCAGACUUUCCAUAGGUCUGGAGUGUAUUAGAUGUUGGAGAUGAUCCGUACUAUAGUGAGUAGUGUGUAUGAUGCAGCAUAGUGAGUAGUUGUAUCAGGUCAGCAGAUUUUGACAUGUACAUAUAGACUAGCGGAGCUGGCCAGAUGAUGGGUAUGUUGUGAUGGUCAUCAGCCGAUUUUGACAUGUAUAUAUAGACUAGCUGAGUUGACUAGAUAGCCUUGUUGUUGCUGUUGUUGUACUUUACUUUUGAUAAAGCGCUUGACGCUUGUAUCUCCAGCACUGACUUAUAUAUAUCAGCAUCUUUUACUUUA